CUCAGAGAGACGUUGAGUAGACCCGUCGCCAGCAUGAGAUAUACACAAUAACCCUCAAUAUGGACGUGUGGAAUAAGAGGCAAAUACCCAGGCCUCCAGAAUAUACGCUAAAGUAUACAGCAGAAGAGAUCAGGGAGAAGAGUUUUGAUGUCUGUCUCCAAGCCCUGUUAGAAGCCAUUCUUUGUGGUCAUGCAGCCCUGAACCAUUAUGAGGUGAUUGGGUGUUGGAAGCGUGAGGCUGCAAUCCUCUCCACUACACUGCACCAAGAAAUAAGACAUCGUAAAGAUAAAUAUUUCAGAAUAUUGAGAAAGGUAAAUAAAACUAUCCAAAGAUGGGAUGAACUGAAGAUUGAUGAAUAUUUAUCAGUUCUACAGUCCUUGACACCAAAUGUUCCAGAUUGGAACAAAAGUGUUCGUGUGCCUUCAAAACAGAUGUAUGAAUACCUUCUAGUGCGAGUGUUUGGAGGUUUCCGUCUGCUUCUUUGCAUAGAAGGUUAUUGUCGUGAAGCUGCUGGAUACCUUGUGAUGAAGAUGAAAACUGGUUAUUUCUUCAAUAUUGCCUCUGCCUUUAUAGCCACUGUGGCCAGAAUAAGAGCUCUUUCACUGGAUUUGGCUGGGCAGUUGGCAGAACUGUAUGAUGCAAUUUACCCCUUGUUAGACAACUUAAAAGGGACCUCUGCUUCCUCCCUUUUUGAGAAGAAGGAUCAUCCCUCAAGCCUCACUACUGAACUCAUGAACUAUGUCAAAUCCCUAAAAAUGACAGAUGAAGACAGUGCAAGGACAAGCAAAACUGGCCCUGACAUGCUAGCCUUCCUGCACAUCCUCAAAGAUGAUGAGGCAUAUGAAAGUACCUUUCUGGAGGGAGUGGAAUCAGCAGAAGUAAACCCAGCAGAAAUCAGAAGUGAAGAACAGCAAGAAAAAAACAGUAACAAAAAGAUUCAGAAAUCUGACAAGGACAAUGACUACAGCGAGGCAAUGAAAUUACUAAAAGAUGUUGGUCUUGAGCAAGAUGACUUGCCUUCAUGUGAGGAAGAUAUAGGGGUUUCUGCUAAUGAUGAUCCUAGAAGCUUUACUAGUAAACUGAAGAACUACUGCAAAUCCAAGGACAAAAAUUACAAUGAAACAUUGAAGUUACUGAAUGACAUUAGUCAAGAGGAAGAUGGUACUUUAUCCAGGCCAGAAGAUUUAGGGGUUCCUGCCAACAAGGGAAAUGAGGAAGAUAAUGAGAGCUGCGUGACGGAGAAGGA